AGAAACAUCUAUGAUAAUAAUUUGGCGGGAAAUGUGUAAUGAUUGAUGGUCUCUGUUGGUUUAUGAUUUCAAUAUAAAGAAAUUUGAUGUAGACUUCUUGAUCUGUUCAUUAACAACAUAUAUUUUUAAAAUCUCUUCAAAAUGGAUUUUACCGCCAGGAAAAGAAAAAGCUUUAAGCUUGCUAGUGAAAAUUUGAACUCACAAUAUUCCAAUGAUCUGAAUAUGUAUAAUAUUCCACCAAUGGGUGAAACAAGUUUGGAAGAAUUUGAAACAUUAGCUAUUGAAAGAUUACAAUUAUUGAGAACUCUUGAACAAGCCUCAUCUAAAGGGCAUAAGAUUAAUAGUGAAGAGUGGAGGCAGUGUAUCAAGGAGGAUUUGAAUAAAUUAGAUCUCAAAAAGUUUGUCAGAUUGAUGAAUGGGUUGGAUGGUCAGAAUGAGUUAGAUUUCAAUGCACGAAGAGCAGAUCAUUUGUCCCAUUUUAUAUUAAGAUUAGCAUAUUGCCGGUCUGAAGAAUUAAGAAGGUGGUUCAUCAACAGAGAGUUAGAGUGGUUUAGGUUACGUUUUAUGAUUCAGAACCAAAAUACACUAAACAGAUUUCUGGAAAGUAAUAAUUUAAUUUAUAUUCCCAUUUCUGAAGAAGAAAAAAAUGCAAUUUUCAAUGAAUUGAUGAUGUCCACAGCUAACAUGUCUGAUAUCAAUAUAAAAUCUAGCAAUUUUUUCAAAGUACCUUUUGUUGAAGUAUGUGCCCUUAUCAAAAAUAGAAGGGUAUUUGUCAAGAUGGGAUACGCAUAUAUUCCAACAAGUGAACUUAUAGUUUGUGUUCAAGCCAAAUUUCGAGCUAACUUGAGUGAGGCUCUGAACAUUGCUAGUCACCGACUACCAUCUUUGGAUGAUGACAGAAUCAACACCUUUUUGCUCAACCUGAACAAUUCUUACACUGGCAAAGAUUAUAGUUCAUCAAAUUCAGAGAAAAAAGAAAUGGAUCCAGCUGAUUUAGAUCUUAACUCAAAGAAGCACUAUCCAAUGUGCAUGAGGCAUAUCCAUGAAACACUUAGAUCUACUCACCACUUAAAGCACAAAUGCAGAUUACAGUAUGGUUUAUUUUUAAAAGGUAUAGGAUUAUCAUUUGAAGAUGCUAUGGAUUUUUGGAGAGAUGAGUUCACUAAGCUCAUGGAUCAUAACAAAUUUGAAAAAAGCUAUGCAUACAAUGUCAAACACUCCUAUGGAAAAGUAGGAGGAAUGGUCAAUUACAGCCCUUAUAGCUGCAUUAAAAUUAUAAUGGAAUCUGUAGGAGUUGGUGAUCAUCAUGGUUGUCCUUUCAAGCAUUGGGAUUCGCAUCUAGUAAAGCAGAAGCUGAUGGACUAUGGAGUUUCUGCAGAAGGUAUUGGUGCUGUAAUGGAAUUGGUGAAAAAUGGUCAUUUCCAGAUAGCUUGUACAAAAUAUUUUGAAUAUACUCAUUCAAUGCAAGCACCAUUAUCUGUUAUAAAUCAUCCAAACCAGUAUUUCGAAGAGAGUAUACAAAUGUCAGGAGACAAGAAAAAAGCGUGACUUUGCUAAACUGCUUUGAAUGAUCAGUUUAGUUAUUUUAUUACUGUUCUUGGUUUGUGUAAAUAUAUUUAUAAUUAUCGA